ACCUCACAUUCUUCAAGUUCUAUAGCUUUACAAAUUGAAUUGAAAGUGUUCUUGUUUUUAGAGGAAAUGGGGCAUCAAGUUUUCUUGUUUGCUUGCACCAUAAUAGCUCUUCUAGCUUCUUGCUCCUCAUUGGUUUCAGCUGAUGUUGUUGAGCAUUCUUUUCAUGUGCAAAACCGUACCAUAACGAGACUGUGCCGUAGACAAGUGAUCACUGCUGUAAAUGGAAGUCUUCCUGGUCCAACCAUACGCGUAAACGAAGGGGAUACCCUUGUCGUUCAUGUCUUCAACCAUUCACCUUACAAUCUCACUAUUCAUUGGCAUGGAGUCUUCCAGCUAUUGAGUGGGUGGGCUGAUGGACCCGAAUUUGCGACCCAGUGCCCGAUCCGACCCGGACAUAGCUAUACCUACAAGUUUAAAGUAACUGGACAAGAAGGGACUUUAUGGUGGCAUGCACAUGUAUCUUGGCUUAGAGCCACAGUUCAUGGUGCACUUAUUAUUCGCCCUAAAAAGGGUCACUCUUAUCCUUUCCCUAAACCUUACAGAGAAGUUCCUAUCCUCUUAGGAGAAUGGUGGAAUGCCAAUGUUGUGGAUGUGGAGAAUGCAGGACUAGCAAGUGGUGCUGCGCCUAAUAACUCUGAUGCUUACACUAUCAACGGCUGGCCAGGCGAUCUUUACCCUUGCUCUGUUAAUCAAACGUACAAGUUGAAGGUGAAACACGGGAAAACAUAUCUCCUUCGUAUCAUCAAUGCUGCACUCAAUAACCAACUCUUUUUCAAGAUAGCCAACCAUAAGAUGAAAGUUGUUGCGGUUGAUGCUGCUUACACUGACCCCUACAUCACGGACGUAGUCGUCACUGGGCCGGGCCAGACGACCGACGUCCUCUUGAUGGCCGACCAGAUCCCGGCAUCCUACUACAUGGCUGCUAACCCCUACGCUAGUGCAGCCGGGGUGCCAUUUGACAACACCACAACUAGGGGAAUUAUAGUGUAUGAAGGUGCACUACCAUCAACACCCAUAAUGCCAAUUUUACCAGCCUUUAAUGACACACCAACAGCCCACAAAUUCUUCACUGAUAUAACUGGGCUUGUAACUGGGCCAUUUUGGAACCCUCCACCUCAAAAAGUGGAUGAGCAUAUGUUUAUUACUAUUGGGUUGGGCCUAACUGCGUGUGAUGGAAGACCAGGAAAUGCAACAUGUGCAGGCCCAAAUGGGCAAAGAUUGGCAGCUAGCAUGAACAAUGCAUCUUUCCAGUUUCCAGACAAGAUUUCAAUGUUGGAAGCCUUUUUCUAUAAUGUCGGUGGAGUAUAUACUACUGAUUUCCCAGACCAACCACCAUUGAAGUUUGACUACACAAAUCCUAAUAAUAGCAACAACACUGCUAUUAUAAUGACCACAAAGUCCACAAAGGUGAAGAAAGUAAAGUUCAAUGCCACAGUUGAGAUUGUGUUCCAGAAUACUGCUUUGAUUGGGAUAGAAAAUCACCCUAUUCACUUGCAUGGAUUCAACUUUUAUGUAUUGGCCCAAGGCUUUGGCAACUAUAACCCCGCUGUUGAUCAGAAAAAAUUCAACCUUGUCAAUCCACAAGAACGUAACACAAUUGGCGUUCCAGUUGGAGGAUGGGCCGUCGUUAGAUUCCGAGCUAACAAUCCAGGUGUAUGGCUGAUGCAUUGUCAUUUGGAUGUUCAUUUGCCAUGGGGUUUAGCCACAUCUUUUGUUGUUGAGAAUGGGCCAACACCAUCAACUAGGCUACCUCCUCCUCCACCAGAUCUACCUAAAUGCUAGAUUCUUAAUUUCCUUCUUUAAUUUUUUUUGAGUGAUUUAUAUGAUUCUUGUUCAGUUUCAUUUUUACCAAUUGUAUAAGCGAGUCAUUUGCUUUCUGGUCAUUCUUUGUCUUGUUAAACAAAUAUGGUUGUAUUUAAUUAUCAUUCUUUGAUAUUGUGUUAAGUGUAAUGUAUGAGAGUAGUCUUUGAUUAUGAAUAAGAUGAUGUCUUUGGCCUU